CAACGAAGGCACGGACGACGGUGGCCCGGGGUCUGCCGCGUCUUCGGAGGCGGAUACGAUAGUCUCUCGAGUCUCUCCGGGUUACCUGUUCUUCGUGGAGGAGUGGGAAAGUCGCAAAGCAACGAUCACCAGCGAAGCAAACCGUCGAGGACGCAAAGGGUUCAGCCCGUCAGACUUUCGGGGGUCAACGUGAUCGUUGCUGUUCGUUGCUGACGCGACAGCUGAUCGGUGGCGGCCAAUCAAACGGUUCCAUCCAGCCGACCAACGACUCGGGACCCAGUGCUACGUCCGCGGUUCUUCCAUGUGAACGCUGCGGUGACAUGGCUGCCGCCCUCCUGGGCAAGUGCAUCGGUUUGCUCACACUCCUACUCCUCCUCUACACCUGCUGCUAUGCUUUCAAAAUACGGGACCACGGCGCGCAAUACGAGUCCGCGGAGCAGCCGAGUCGCGCUUGCACUUCCAUCUUUGGCAGAUGCCAGGAGAGGACGACCUCGACGCCGGACCGGAAAUGGCACGAGACGCCAGCAUCGCGGCUUGCCAGCCGACGUAAACCACCUGCCGAGAUGACGUCGACGGACGACGCCGUCGGAGGUACGGAAGGGGCGUCUGACAAGCUGAAAAGAAUUGCUCGCUCGAGGGAGGACGAUAGUAAAGGGAGCGACGAGGUUGAUGAUGAAGACGAUGAAGCGAUAGUAGAGGUGGAGGAUAGCGAGGACGAAGACGAAGAUGAUGAGAACCAAGACGAAGACGAUGAUGAGGAAGAUGCCGGUGGAAAAGAAUCCGAAGAAGACGAGGAGGAGGAUGUGGAUCGAGUUAAAGUGAAGAAAGACUCGAAGAGAAAGGCUGAGGUGGUUAAAUUAAUUCCAAAGAAGGUUGUUAGGAAAGCUAAGGUCGAAGAGGAGUCGAGGAAGGAGGAGGAUUCAGAAGAGCAGGAAGAGUCAGGCAAGGAUGAUGAUGAUGAUGAUGAUGAUGAUGAGGAUGAGGAUGAUGAUGAGGAUGAUGAUGAUGAUGAUGAUGAUGAUGAUGAAGAUACCGAAGACGAAGACGACGAUGAUGAAGAUGAAGUCGAGGACGAGGACGAGGACGAGGAUGAGGAUGAUGAUGAGGAUGACGAAUCUGAAGAUGUAACUUUCACUUCCGCUCCAAAGAAGCUGGAAAAAGUCAGAUUCGCCGACAAGGACAAGGUCAAAUCCGUGGAACAGCCUCCGCCAAAAGUGGUAUCGAAACCACCGGAACCCCCAAAGAAAGAGGAAUCAGUAAAGAAGCCCCAGGAACCCCCAAAGAAAGUAGUCGAGAAGAAACAAGUGGAGACCUCGAAGAAGUCGCCCGAGAGCCCGAAGAGAGUCGAUCUCAAGGAAACGAAGCCCGAACUCGAACCGUCGAAACCCAAACCCCCGCCGAAGGCAGAGGCUCCCUUGAAACCGGAAGUGCCUAAAGCACCACCGAAAACGAAAGAGCAACCGAAGCAACCCGAAAAGGCGAAAGUGGAAACGAAAGUGACAGUGACAGCAGCUCCUAAACAGGCAGAAGUUAAACGAUUGGAUAAAGAAGAGUCGAAAGCAAAAACGAAAGCGCACGUGGAAGCUCCUUUCACUUUGGCUCGGUUGAACGACGCGUUGCUACGCGUUCCGACCUUCGUGCCAAAUUUCACGGCCGUCGAGGAUUUCGAGUGUCAGCAGCACGGCAAGAUCUUCCUGCGACAGCUGAGGGGGUACAAGCUGUGGGCCCUUCAGAUGCUAGACUCGAGCGCAAAGAUUCCAUCAGGUCUCCUUCGCGGAAACGUUAACCAGCUGGGAGACUUUGACGAGUGUUUAGGCGUAAUGGCGCACGUGAAGUUGAACAACAACACCCUGAAGGUCCAGGGGAAGUACUGUUUGGCCAGCGUGGACCUGUACGCGUCUCAUCCGGACAUGAGACUUCCGGUUAACAUGAUGCAGGCACGCGCGUUUAUAAGAGGAAGCAUGAACGACCCUGGUCACUUUAUUCCAAAAUUCACAACGAUGAAUUGGGCUCUAUGUCUUCCAGCCGCGUGCUCGGCUGAAGAUGCUCAAAACGUGUUGGAGCAAGCGUUGAACUAUUACAAUUCAACCAUAGGAAUAAGAUUUACGGUUGACGUCGACCCCAACAUGUGUUACGUCAAACAAAAGUCAGGCAGCUACUCGAAGGAGACGAUCGGUGUUCUGUAUUUCUACGCCAUGAUCGCCUGCCUCGUCUUCGUAGCGACGGUGAGAGACUACCUGGUGGUAUCUGAAGGAAAAGGAAACUAUUCGGAGAGAAUAAUUAUGUCCUUUUCCUUACGGAGAACUGUCAGCUCGUUAUUAAAAAGGGGAACAAGCGAAACCGACAUUGCGUGCAUUCACGGAAUAAGGUCACUCGUCACGAUUGCCCUUUACGUUGCUCAUCAGCUGAUACCGAUAUCGAGGUUACCCUAUUCCAAUCGAAUUGACCUUACGGAGGUUGCAAACAAUCCCAUCAGCUCGCUUCUAAGAGCAGCGAUGGUUUAUACCGACGUGUUUCUACUACUCAGCGGUGUUUUAACUGCUUAUAACAUGGCGAACGAGUUCACGGUGCGCGGCGAGAUCCGUUGGUUUUGUCGUUUUAUCGCCAGGUAUAUCAGACUCACGCCAGCGCUACUUGCAGUCGUGUUUUGGUACGCAUUUGUAAUGGAGCACACAGGAUCUGGACCUCAGUGGAACAGCAUCAUAAUACCAAAUGCUGAGCUUUGCAAGAGCAACGCCUGGACGAAUUUGUUGUACAUACAGAAUUUCUUUCCCUUCGAAGAAAUGUGCGCGACACACACUCAUCAGCUGGCCCUGGACAUGCAGCUAUCGCUAUUGGCUCCCAUGUUCGUGUUCUUCUUAGAAUGUAAGCCGAUCAUCGGGAUCCUCUUGCUAUUCUUUAUGGUCUUGCUGUCGGCCACGCUGCGAUACAUAGCAACGAUGAGCAAUUACCUCUCUUAUGUCAUUUUUCAUGGAAUGUCAAUGAAGCAUCUUUACAAGACUGCCAAUUUAUCCUACACGUUACCCUUGCAUAGAGCCACACCGUAUGUGUUUGGCAUAGGACUUGGCGUGCUGCUGCGUUAUACUGGAAGAGACGUCAGGAUCCACAAGGUGUUAGUGAUCUUGGGGUGGUUAAUCGCGAUGGCCUUGGGAUCGUGGUCGUUAUUUUCACCGUGGCACCUGGCCAGAAGGGACUACGUGUACGAUGCUGAAGAAGCAACCAAUUACGCUGUGAUCUGUCCAGUUGUGUGGGCCUUGGCCCUGUGCUGGCUGAUAUUUGCAUGCCACACGAAGAACGGAGGUAUAAUAAACAGAUUCCUAUCGAAUCACUGGUUAAUGAUCUUUAGUAGAAUAUCAUACGCGGUAUACUUAACGCAAUUCGCAGUAUUCUUCUAUAACGUUGGGACCACAAGAUACUCCACCGAAUUCCAACUUCAUAGAGCAAUCGAUUCGCUGGAAGCAGCCACAGUGGUGUCGGUGUCGGUCGUUCUGACUCUGUUUUUCGAUCUCCCGAUGCAGGAGAUCAAAAACGUCAUAAUGGAGAGCACGGACACAGCCGUGGAAGUUCCGAGCGAGAAGUCGCAAGUUCCAGACGGCGAGCCGGUCAAAGGCGAGCAGCCGCUGGAGAAAGUUUUCGAGGAAGACGAGGUAGCUUCGACCGGAUGGGACUGGCAAAAAGAUAUUGUCUCUGGCGGCGCUGGCUUAAGUAACGAGCUCGUGGACGACGAGGAGCAGGUCGAUGUGCCCAUCCUGACGAGGUCCCUGGGUCGAAGAAGAUCGCUCAUCUCCCGCGAUUCCAGCGAGGCCGAGCCGAUUCCUACGUGGGACUGGAUAAAAGAGCCGAAUCGGAGAUAUGCGAGGGACGAUGACGAGUACAGGGAACGCGGCAGGAGGAGCAGAAGCGGUCAAAGGGAUUAUCGGGACACGGGAAACGAGGAUCAAGACUACGCUAGAAUGCAACAGGAGCAGGAAGAAGCUGUUAAGCGAAGUAGACGCUCCGUAUCCAGGAGUCUCGACAAUAAGAGAUUCUCGACACGGGCCAGCGACGACGAGGAGGAGUAUUCCAGGGAGGAGGAGGAUCCGAGACGGUACAGGAGAUCCGAGUCCAGGGGGAGAUCCGCGAUUAGAGAAUCGGACGAUUAUCGUUCCUGGGAAUUCGUCGGUAAGGAACGUUCAUCCUCUCGAGGCCCGGACUCUAAAAGGCUCUCCGACAAAUCGGAAGAGCACGAACUCUCGCAAAGACAAACAAGACCGCCACCCCUCUCGAGAUCCUCCGAUGCCAGGAGAGGCUACUCGUCGGAGAGCGAGGAGGAAAUCUCGCAGCAGAGGAAACUCGAAAAAAGGCAUCCGUCAGCGGAGCCUAGGAUAAGCGACGAGGAAGACUGGGAGGGCGAGCUGAGGAUACGAAGGAAACAGUUCAUGGAGAAGCUCGCGAACCAGCAGCAGGACACCUUGGCGGAGGAAGAAGGGGGUAUAGGAUCUCCAAAGAGGAGGUCCUCGGCGGAGGGGAAGAUAGCGUUGCUGAAGGAUCCCUCGGCGAACGACAACAUGGACUCGUGGACGGUGAGCGUUGGCUCGCGAGUUGCCCAGCUGGGAUCUUCACAGGAACGAAGCGAACCUGAAGAGGACCUCGCGUACGCGAGACGAAGGGAGUACCGCGAGCAAGCCCCGCCGCCUAGGGAAGACACUCUGAGCGAAGAGGAGGUAAUCUGGGACGCAUCUAGAAGACGAUCCUACACGAGCAGCAGUCAGAUAACCUCCAUGGACGAGGACGACGACGUCACGUUCAACUUCGUUCUGACGAAGGACAGCAGGAGGGUGUCGAUGCAGGAUUUAACUAAACUGUCCCAGGAGGAAGACCUGUCCGAUUCAGGAUGGAACGUCGUGAAGGCGGACAGCACCGAGUCCCAGCCCAAGUCCACCCUGGGUUUGUAUAAACGCGAGUCCAUCGUGAAGAGUCAAGCUAGCGAAGAGGAUCCUGAGUAUCUCCUGCCAGAAAGGCCCAAGCUCGUUCAGCAGGAACGGGAGCAUCCCUUCAAGAAGGCUUGGCAGAUGCAGAAGUCUCGUUCAGAGGAAGAUGGAUCCGCUUAUGUUAUCAAGGACGCCAAAGAGGACACCAAAGAGCACAAGGAGAAAAAGAACGAGGACGUUAAAGUUGUUAAAGGGGAGUCUGGGGGUGACCAGUACGAGGACGUUGGGUCGUUUGCAGACGACGAGUCGGAGUCGAUCACGCUAUCGAGAAGCAGGAGCAGCGAUACCGAGGAGAAUAGAACCAGGUCCAAGUCCGAAGAAGCAGAGUCUGUGUCGACAGGACGCAGCGAUAGCACGAGUAUCGACGAUAGCAGAGUUAACGCGAAGUCCGAUGUCGAAGAUGACUCUGCGAGGUUCAGUUGGCCUGCUGAGGACGAACGCUUCGAGGCUUAUAAGACGAACUUGAGGAGCAAGUCGGAGGAGACGGAUUGGACAUGGGAGCAGGAAGAAACCUGAAAGGAGGGAUUUCGAUACGAUGAUAAAGUAAAUGUCAUGGUAAAUCAUUAAGGAAGUGGAGGAUGGAGAAUGAAUGUCUUGGGACAUGAGGGAGGGAGGAUGUAGGUGCUCGAGCAGUCGACGAUUGAUGUUUAUAUUGUGGUUAUAUUGUAAGUUAAUAAAUUACGAAUGGAUAUUUAAGUACCAUACCUUUCAAUCGAUCUCAUCAAUCACAUUAGUAGAUACUCAACAAGGAAAUCCUUCCUACCUAAUGUCACGAAUAAAAUGGACGUUUCUCAGUGAUUAUCGUGGCAUGAUAUUUGCAGAAAAAUUGCAUGGGGGUUAUUGCUUAUUAAAUUCGGGUUAUUUUAUGACGCGUGUCAUGGCUUCAUCUUCCUUCUGUCGCGAACAACUUCGUCGAUCUCAUUACGGUCGACAGCAGGCAACCGAGGGACGGAGCGGACUUAAGUCUAAAGUACGUCAUUAAAAUUCAGUUAGAACUCCCGCGUCAUUACCUUUGAAUCCUAUGGUCAAACGUCCUCGUUAACGCUAAUUACUAAAUCUCGCUGAGAAUUUUGGAAUCUCUCCGUGUAUUAACCUUUUCAAGUUCGCUCGACGCACAAAAGAUUCGACGCCUUAACAAGCUCCACUUGACCAAUAAUGAACCUAAUUCGUUUAAUGCACGCUUAAUGCCAAUUAUGUUCUUCACAGUUGCUCAGAUCGAUCACUGGAGUGCGAGUAUUGAAUCCACAGUUGAUGUAGAAUAAACAUUGGAUGGGGAAUAAAUUUAUUUUAUUUAUUUA